GCAUGGCACAGACACUAGUUGUGCUAAUCAUACAAUCAAACUAUUAACUCGACUUUACAUUCAAUUGUGUGCUAUUUGUUGACGACAUAUAUAUAAUUAUCUCGUUAUAUAAGGAUUAAGACGAUGAGGAUUGCCAUCAAUAGACGGGAAUUAAUACUCAUAUCCAUCGGCUGUGGAUUCAUAUGUCUGGGCAUCAUAUGUAUCAUAACCGUGCCAUUACUUGUCAUGAAAGUCAUUCAUAAGUUAGAGCCAAACACAGAGGCCUAUAAGCUCUGGAAGGACAUCCCACUACCCAUAUAUCAAAAGUUUUACUUCUUCAACGUAACCAACGGCGCCGACAUCGAGAGGCUGGGCUCGAAACCGGUGCUCGUGGAGAUGGGCCCAUACGUCUACCGUUCCAAAUGGACAAAGACUCAUCUGGUAUACCACGACAACGGAACGGUAUCCUACAGGGAGAAGAAGACCUAUCACUUUGUGCCACAAAUGAGCGCCGGUAGCGACGCCGACCGAUUGCAAUUGGAAAUUAUUGGUGAAGGGGAAAGGGAUGGUGAUGAGUACCUAUUGGUU